AUGUCUCUCACCAAGGUUAUUGCGAUGGCGCUUGCCGUUAUGCCGGCCCUCACUUAUGGCGAAAACGGCACCUGGCUGGAGAAUAUCGCAGUCCGCAAAAACGGCAUGGUUCUGACCACUCGUCUCGACUUCCCUCAACUGUUGAGGGUCGGCCCCACCGGGGCACGCAACGCCUCGGUUAUCCACACUUUCCCCGGCGUGCGCAGUCUGCUCGGAAUUGCUGCAAUCGAGACGUAUGUCUUUGCGGUUCUUGCAAAACUCUUCUCAAUUCAGACCCUCUCCACCCCCGGCACCUAUGCCUUCUGGAGGGUCGAUCUCACCUCCUCCGCGCCCAAUGUCUCCGUCAUCCCUAAGGUCCCCGAGGCCGACUUUCUCACCGGCCUGGCCCUCUUCGACCGGACCACUUUGCUCUCUACUGACUCUGCUAAGGGUGUCAUCUACCGGGUCAAGAUCUCCACUGGCAAAUACUCGGUUUUCCUAUCGGAUCCCGCCACCAUGCUGUCGUUCAAGGAUAGCCCCAAACCUGUCGGAGUCAAUGGUCUCAAGGAGCACGGCAAGUACGUAACGUACUACAGCAGCACCACCGGAAUGGUCCUUGCCAGGAUGCCAUUCAACAAGAACGCCCAGCCUUCCGGCCCCAUCGAGGUCAUCGCCGGUGGCUUCACGCCCGAUGACUUUGUUGUGACCAAGAACGGCACGGCGUACGUCACCACCAACGCGGAGAACGGGCUGUUGAAGGUCAAGCCAUCUGGCCGCGUGACUGCGGUCGCUGAAGCUUUGUUCUCAUCCACACUUGCGGGCGCUACCUCGAUCGCUAUGAGCCACGACCAGAAGACUCUGUAUAUUUCCACCGCUGGAGGCCAGUUUCAGCCUGUUUCGGGGAUAUCAUCGAGCCAGCCAAGGUGGUCAUUCUAG